AUGAAUGACUACGCGUCGCCCAUGAGCUAUAUGGAGGGCAAUAGGUCUUCAUCACCCAAGAGGAAGAAGAUUCGGCAGAAAUAUGCCCCCAAAGCUUGUGUGUCGUGUCGGCGAUCCAAGCUGAAGUGCACUGGCGAGAAUCCCUGCCAACGUUGUGUCGAUAAUGGCAAACGAUGCUUCUACUCCGAAGAUCAGACAGCUGCCGAAGUGCUACAGAACCUCUCCCGACCCGCACCAGCUCCAGCAUCUCUACCAACCACCAAUAAUCGCAACGCCAAUGGCAUGUCGAAUCAGACCCUGAUGCCCCCGAACAAUCGCCCCGAUCGGCGAGCGAGUGACACCAGCAACGCCGUGCCGACAAUGGAGGAACGUAUGACGAGAGUCGAGAAAAUGCUGGAAGCUUUGAUGCAAGAGCGCGGCUUGGGCUUCACGCCCUGUGGUAGCAUCGAGCGUGAGCCGAGUGUCGGCUUCCGGAGCGACACUGCUUUCUCAAUGCCGCUGCUUGACCCUGCUCUUGAUCAGAUGGCACAGCAAGCGCCUGGACAAACGCAAGAUGCGUUGUUACCGGACGCUCCAGCCAUGCCUUUGGACGCAUCGGUCUACGUCCGCGCAGGCAACCAGAGCGUACCAUUCCCUGAUCCAACCAGGUACCAACAGUAUGUCGCACAGUUCUUUGGCGAUGUCCAUCUUCAUUACCCAUGUGUUGACGAGAACAAUUUCAACACACGAGUUCAGCAAUUAGUGACCCAUGGUGCAACAGAACCGACUGAUAUACACUUUCUGGCCCUUGCCUAUGUCAUAUUCGCGUGUUGUGACGUGAUGUUGGCAAAAUCGCUGGUCACAGCCAAUGGCGUUGAUAAGGCGCUUGGUUGGCAGUGGUAUGAACUUGCAGAUAGUAUCGUCGACAAGACGUUGCUAUUCAGCGGCUCUGAUGACACAACCUUGAUACGAUAUCUAUUAUUCCAGGUAUUUUGCGCAGCAAUGUUAUACGACUCGGCACGACUGAUAUUUCUAGGCUUUGUAUCUCGCCUAUGCUGA